AUGCGCCGGGAAGACGAGCCCAGAGAAUCUCCCCCGGACUGCUCCGAGCAUGCAGGAGGAGGCUUUGCAGUUGGCAUGCCUGUCCAGUGCUUCAACCAAAACAAGAAGGAGUGGGAGGACGGCAAUGUCACUCGGCGAUACCAGCAAGACAAGGUCAUUGUCUUCGACGUGGAUUGCAAGGGCUCCAUUGUCCGGAUGCUCCCCGCCAGCCGGCUUCGGCAUAGCCGAUUUGCCGUUGGGGACAACGUGAUGUACUACUCCAACCAUAACAAGUCAUGGGUUACAGCCAAGGUGCAGAAGAUUUUCUGGUCCAAGAGAACCUGUGACCUGGACAUCAAGAAAGGAGAGCUAACAUCAGCUGUGUCAGGAAGGCAGGCCCGAGAAGGCCAACGGAGAAGAAGGCCACCUGGCCGGCCAGGCAAGCCAGGGGUUGGGAGCCACCCCAGAGGAGGAAAAGACGCGAGGCGAUCGGUCCCGGCGAAGGCGGGCAAGCCGCGGUUCCUCAGAGGAGGAGCGAAAAGCUCGGCGGCUAGAGUCGCCCCCGUGCCGAAUCACGCUGGAGCCACGGCGAAAUUCUAG